CUUCACUUCGCAAACGUCUAUAUCUGUCUACUUCUACCUGGCUUGGUCCUGAUCGACCCCAAUUGAUUCCUGAACUACUGUUCGCUCAUUCCUUCCUUGAUAUUCGGUUCCCCCGAUCAGAACACGUCCCCCACCAUGGCUCAGAAAGCAGCCAAAUCCCUCGCAGCACGCAAUGCCUCGCUCCUCGUCCGCACGCAUAUGAUCACACUGGGUCUCCACCUCGUCUUUUUCCUCCUUCACUGGACAUUCAACCGACCUCGCUCCCUGAAGCCAUACUUCUUUCUCGCAUUUCCGACCCUCCUCAUCGAGGCCUACCUUGACCGCCUGGGCCGGCCUCGCCACGACCCAGCCGACGGCUCCCUCCGCUCUCCGGGUGAGGACCUGGGAGCUGCGGGCCUGACGGAGUACAUGUGGGAUAUCCUGUACUGGACGUGGGGGUGCAUUGGCGCGGUGUGUCUCUUUGGGGACCGCGCCUGGUGGUUGUGGAUUGUGGUGCCCCUCUACUCCGGUUGGCUGGCUUACACGACCGUUAUGGGGAUGAAGAGCGGCUUGGCUGGGAUGGGGGGUGGUGGAUCGGAUGAGGGAUCAACUACUGCUGCGGAGAGUAAGAGGCAGAAGAAGAUGGAGAAGAGAGGUGGUCAGCGGAUGUCGCAUCGGUAGGAUGGACUAGCUCCAUUUCUUUCCCUUUGUCUCCCUUGGGGCAUUCUUCUAGUCUAUAUUUUUUUAGCAUGUACUUUCUCUACCCAACGGCUAAAAUGUACCAAUGGUACGAGCUACAUACCACUUCUGGUGAGUGGCAUCGGUUAAUUGAUCUACCAAUCCGAAAUGUA